UCAGACCAGAAUUUCAUAGAUUAUCAACCAUGGAAGAUCAUGAGGAAGAAGAACAACCAUCAAGUUUUCUUGCAACAAAGAGGUAUGCAGUUGUGACAGGUGCAAAUAGAGGAAUAGGGUUUGAAAUAUGCAGGCAGUUAGCCUCCAAAGGAGUCAUUGUGGUCUUAACUGCUAGAGAUGAGAGGAAAGGCCUUGAAGCCAUCGAAAGACUCAAAGACGACAUAGGAAUAUCCGGCGAUAUUUUGUUCUUUCAUCGUCUCGAUGUUAUGGAUCCGUCUAGCAUUUCUUCUCUAGCGGAUUUCGUCGAAUCCCAAUUUGGACGGCUCGAUAUUUUGGUUAAUAAUGCAGGAAUUGGAGGAAUUACUGUGAAUACUGAAGCCUUAAGAUCCUCAACUACUAGGGAAGGAGUAGAAAUUAAUUGGAAAGAUUACAUGUCUCAAACUUAUGAGAUGGCAAUAAAAUGCUUGGAGACAAAUUAUUAUGGAGUAAAAAGAACAAUAGAAGCUCUUAUCCCCUUUCUCCACCUCUCAAAUUCACCAAGAAUAGUUAAUGUUUCCUCCACAGCCGGCAAGUUACAGUUCGUGUCUAACGAAUGGGCGAUAGGGAUUUUGGGCGAUGAAGAAAACCUUAGCGAGGAGAGAGUAGACGAAGUGUUAAGGGAAUUCCUAAGGGAUUUUGAGGCGGAUUUAUUAGAAGCUAAAGGGUGGCCGAGUUAUCUUUCAGCGUACACAUUAUCGAAGGCAGCCAUGAACGCAUACACGAGGAUCAUGGCCAAGAGACACCCCAACAACUUCAUGAUCAAUAGUGUGUGCCCUGGCUAUGUCAAGACAAAUAGCUAUGCGGGCUUGUUAACUGUUCAAGAAGGUGCCGUUAGUCCUGUUACCUUAGCUCUUUCUUCCGAGGAGGGUCAUUCUGGCUUGUUUUUUUCUCGGAAACAUAUUUCAUCAUUUUAGUAUAUAAGUUUAUAAUCUUCCAAUGAAGCUCAAAUGAAAACAAUUAUUUAAUGUAUCAAAUAUUAUCACAAGUUUGAUUAAUACCA